AUGGUAGAAGAAAGCGAGGAGCGGCUGACGGAGGAGCAGAUCGAGUCGCUGCUGCAGACAGUCACCACUAUCCUCCCAGGGGACCCAGAAGAGCAGCAGAGAGACGUGGCAAUGGCAGCGGAAGACAAAGGUGACCAAGC